AUGAAACAUAAGUACCAUGUGCUGAUUUACAGAAAGAAGAAAACGCACUUGAGGUUAGAUGUGCUGCUGUUCUUCUUCUACGCCGUUUUUCUGCACUUUAUUUUGAAAAAUGAGAAAUUUCAAGCCAAGCCGGGUGAUUACGAGUAUUUAGCGAAACUGCAAAAUGAGGUGGAAGGGGUGGAAGCGGCGGAAGCGGCGGCUGUGUUUGGCCUCCACGGGGAGGGGCAGCGGCAGGAGAAGCGGCAGCCCAUGGGCGAGUUCAAAAUGGGGCCGGGUGAAGGGAAAGACAGUGGCGAGUUUACAAAUGGGAAGGGGAGUGAAAACGGAAAGGGAAGUGCAAAUGGGGAGCAAACCGGGUCCAACGGGAAGAGCAAGGAAAACGCAUUCAAGCCGAUCAUUGUAGGGAAGUACAACCUGAUCUACCUCUUCUACAGCCUCGAGUUUGUCGGCCUGCUUUUAUUUAUUUUAUUCCACCUGCUGACGUUUCUCCUAUCGCAGUGGAACCUGAGAGUUAACUUAGUGGUUUCCUUCAGCCGCCUGAACAGCAGUGAUCGGGAUAAGUACCUGUACAAUGUGCAGAAGAAGUGCACGCAUGUGUAUAUUAAGCCACUCGUUAAGCGAAGCGACAAGUCGGCAGUAAACAGCAAGGAGAGGUUUAACACGGAUUACAAUCUGUAUAAGCCCAAAGCAGAGUUAGUUCCUCUGAAAAGGGGAAAAAAUUAUAUUUUUUUUUUUUACAAACAGAAAAAAUAUAUUUUCAAUUACGAAACGUUGGAUUUCGAAUCGGUAAAACAUUUUGACAAUUUUAAUUUGUCCUUUUAUCAAAAGUGGAAGGGACUUAUAGAAUGUCCAAUGGGGGGGGAUCUCUACGAAGAUGAGGACACCAGCACAACACUGCAAAGGAUAGAAGAAAAUGUAAAGAAGAUACAGAAGAGGGGAGGCAAUGUGCACAUCCUCUUUUGCCAACUGGAUGGUUUAUAUUUAGAUAAAGGGGGAGGAAGCGGAAUGGCCCAACUGGCAUACCGCAACAAAAAGGGGGGGAACAACCCAUCUGAGGAGGAGAUAGAAGAUGUGUAUCAUUACACUAGGGGGGGAAGGGGAAACUCAAAAGGGGCAAAGAUAUUGCACUCCAUUGAAGGGAGCACCACGAUGCAAAGAUCCAUUUGUGAUGAAGAACUGAAAAGUAAAAAGAGAGUGCACCCCACCGAAGGGGAAGGCAAACAAAAUGGAAAUUCAGCAGACCCUUUUCUUUCGUAUUAUAAAAAGAGCAACUUUGAAAUUCCCUACGACAUUUUUGUGCAUAACAAUUUGGACAAGUAUGGAGAGAACACAUACGACAUUCCCUCUCCCUGUUUUAAGAAGCUACUUUAUGAGGCCAUGCUGUCCCCGUUUUUUAUUUUUCAAUUCUUUAGCAUCCUACUGUGGAUGCUAGAUAGUUACUGGUACUUUGGCAUCUUCUCUAUUUUCAUUUUGGUGAUGCUGGAGGGUCAACUGAUUAACAAACGGAUAAGAGAGUUCAAUUUGAUCAACAGUAUGAAGGUGCCUGCUCAAAAUUUAUAUGUGUAUCGAAAUUUGCAGUGGAAAGUUAUAAAAUCGAAUAUGCUACUUCCUGGAGAUAUAUACAUUUUAUCGAAUGAGACUAGUGGUGGGGAUAAUGUGUGCACCUGUGAGACGCUGCUGCUGGAGGGGGUGUGCAUCACGGAUGAGUCGAUCCUGACGGGGGAGUCCAUACCGUUGAUUAAGGCGGCUAUUGAUAAGGCGGAAGAGGAGGAGUACGCCGAGCAGGGGGACAGCGAUCAUGAUACGUGCGGCGAUUCGGGGGGGGAAGUAAAAGGAGAUUUCCAAAGCGAUGGAGCACCAUCUGUUGUAGGAACCAAAGGAAGCUCCAUCUUUGCGAACAAAAUUGACAUAAAGAAUAAGCACAAAAAACACGUGGUGUAUGCGGGGUCGAACAUAUUACUAACAAAAAACGAAAAUGACCAUUUUAAUAAUAUGAAGCUACCCAUUAACGGGUGCGUAGGAAUUGUUCUGAAAAAUGGAUUCACCACCUACCAGGGGAAGUUAGUGAGGACGAUUAUUAACACCUCGGAGAAGGUGAACUCGUCGAGCAUAGAUUCGAUUAUCUUCCUUUUCAUCCUUCUGCUAUUUUCAUUGUCAUCCUGCGCGUACGUUAUUUACACUGUGCUGCAAGCGACCCACGAGAGAAAUUUAUACAAAUUGCUCCUAUCCGUUUCGCAUAUAAUCACUGCAGUAAUUCCGCCAGAGUUUCCAAUAACCCUAUCGUUAGGAGUCACCAUUUCGAUAGUGUAUCUCUACAACUUAAAGAUUUACUGCACGGAACCUUUUAGGUUGCCAUUUUCUGGAAAAUCAAAUAUAUGCGCUUUUGAUAAGACGGGAACUUUGACGGAGGACAAUAUGAUCAUUUUGGGGCUCUUCGGGUUUGACCACAACACGGAGAGGAUAAACGAAAUUAAUGAGUCUAUUAUUGGCAAGCAGAGGGUGCCCUUCCUCUCCGUGGCAGUUAUCGCGGGGUGUCAUUCGCUAUGCACAGUUAAUAGUAAGCUGCUAGGGGAUCCUCUUGAAAAGAACUCCUUCCAAAGACUGAAAUGCAUGAUGAGGAGUCUCGACAGCACGUACGUUCAUACGAAUAAUUGUCAGAACGUGUCAGCUGCGACGGCCAGUGUGGCUGCGCAGGGGAGUGGGGAAAAGGGGGGGAAAUCAUCCAUGGGCAUGUUUUCGAAGAAGGCUCCCAACACGGCGGCUAACGAAAGGAAGGGCCCCUGUGUGGAGAACUUCCAAAUAUAUAAGCGGUUCUUCUUCUCCUCGGAGUUACAAAGAAUGACGUGCAUCAUUUUGCACGAAGGGUAUGAGGGCGACUGGUACGGGGAGGAGUUCGAAGAGGCAGUCAACCCGUCGAACGCCGCAACCGCCGCUAACCCCGCAACCGCCGCUAACCCCGCAAACGCUGCUAACCCCGCAAACGCUGCUAACCCCGCUAACGCCGCUAACCCCUGUAGCGAAAAUGUGGCGACGCUAGAAGGCCUAAAGAAGAAGAAGAAAAAAAAUGACAGUAGCACAAGCGAACCGGUUAAACAGUACCUUGCGGUGAGUAAGGGAUCCCCAGAAAUGAUGAAAAAGUUUUUAAAAAAAAUACCCCCAAAUUAUGACCAAGUGCUGAACAGCUUAUCGAUUAAGGGGUACCGUGUGAUCUGUCUUGCUGCAAAUGUGUUGGACAACAAAGUAGUUUCCAAAAAUGUAAAAAGGGAAGACGUGGAAAAGGACUUAUAUUUCUGUGGCUUCCUCACGUUCAUAUGCCCAAUCAAAGCGUCUACCCCGAGUUAUAUACUUGAUAUUAAGCAGGCGGGAAUUAAAAACGUGAUGAUAACAGGGGAUAAUGCGUUGACUGCUUGUCAAGUUUCGCAGGAUGUUAACAUUGUCCCGCCGAUAAAGAUUAAGGACAUUCUAAUUUUAAAGCUCAGGGAAGAUUACGCCGCACACGGGAAGAGGGCGCGCGCAGGGGGGAAGGCUCCCUCAACCGGUAUGACCAACGAGGGGGGUAUAUUCACCGUUUGCGAGUUGGAAGGGGCAGUCGAGAUGAUACGAAACCUCCCCCUGCAAGACAAAUCCCAGCAGAGCGCUGCUGAAAAACUAAUCAAAAUGAUGAGCGCGAAAAAGAACGUGAGCAACGUGCUGUACUUUAUCAACCGGGAAAAUAAAAAAAUGCUGCCCUUUAUAGAAUGUGAGGAGUACCUAAAAUCGUGUGAACAGCUUUUUACCCUCUGCAUCACAGGGGAUAUAAUCGAACAUUUCCUGAGCACUUAUCAAAACGAUUUGGGUCUAUUUGACGAGCUAAUAAAAAGAGGGCUCAUUUUCUGUAGAGUGUCUCCGAAGAAUAAAGAAAUAAUUAUAAAGACGUUGAACAAGUUAGGGAACAUAACCAUUAUGUGUGGCGAUGGGACGAAUGACAUGGCGGCGUUGAAGGCGGCACAUGUUGGGGUGUCCCUGUUGAGCAUAAAAAUAAGUUACAAAAGUGGUAGGCCGGACGGUGGAUACCCCGGCGAUCUCACCGGAGGGGCAACCAGGAACUACGAGCAGCGUUUACGAACAGCCUACGAUAACUUAAACGCACAGUACAAUGCAGCGUCUGCAAGUGGAGUCAGCAACGCUGCCAAUGCUAAGUAUUACGAACAAAUGAAAUUGUAUAAUGAGAGGAAGAGGCAGCUGGAGCAUAUGAUGCAAUCAAUGGAUGACUCCCUACCGCUAAUCAAGUUGGGAGAAGCAAGCAUAGCAUCUCCAUUUACAUACAAAGGAAACGACAUCAAAUGUGUAAAGGAAAUUAUUUGCUGUGGAAGGUGUGCCUUAUCAAAGGUUAUAAUGAUGUACAAGCUGAUGAUAAUAAACUCUCUCAUAACGGCUUUUUCAGUUUCCAUUUUGACCCUCGACGGGGUGAAGCUAAGUGACGCCCAGACGACGGUUAUUUCGCUACUAUACACAUCUCUCAUCGUUUUAAUUUCCAAAACGGCUCCUUUAAAAAACAUAUCGAAUUAUUCGCCACCCAAUUCGUUGUUCAACAUUAGCGUUAUGAGUUCUUUGAUAUCUCAAGUGUUUAUACAUUUUUCUAUCCUUAUAUAUGGGUGGAAAUUGGCUUGUUCUUACAGACAGCCUGAUUACGUUCCUGACCUGAAAGGAGACUUCUCCCCCAAUUUGGUGAACACGUGUAUAUAUUACCUCAUUUAUUGCAUCAACUUAUCCAUUUUUUCUUGUAAUUAUGAAGGGCUACCCUUCAUGACUCCCAUUCACAAGAAUAAAGAGAUCGUGUACAUUUUUGCUGUAAAUUUUAUUUUCCUGUUUGCUCUCGUUAUGAAUAUUGUUCCCUACUUGAAUUACUUCUUCUCCCUUGUCUCCUUUCCUAAUGCGCACCUUCAGUUUCUGUUUUUGUUUUUAAUGAUUUUGGACAUCGUCGCGCCGUACCUCAUUUGCGGCUUCAUCAGGCGCGUCAGGCUCUACGCGUUCGAGCGUUUCAGAGUUAGUUUGUAG